CUCUAAGUCAACUCCCGCUUGUUACUCCACCGACACUAACAACCACUUUGAAGUAGUAACAGUAACAUCUCUCUCGAAUCGAUCUUCAUCACAAUUCACAAAUACAAAUCAAUCUCUCUGAUUCUUACAUCUUCGGAGAUACACCUACUUCCUCAAUUCCAAUCGCCGUACGCACCUGCAUUGAACCGGAUCUAAUCUAACCGAUCUCUCUCGUGUAAUUUGUUGACUACAACAAGUCUAUAAAAUGGUGGAGAAAUCGAAGUCGAAAGGUUUGUUCGGUUGGUUCAUAGCACUCAUCGUACUAACAGCUGUCAUCCUCGCCAUCGUCUACAUGGUCAAAUCAAAAACGAACAAAUCCGAUAACAACAACGACGACGAGGGAGCUGGUCCCGUCCCUGGACCUCCCGGCGCCAUUGAUAAAAAAUACGCCAACGCUCUCAAACUCGCCUUACAGUUCUUCGACAUCCAGAAAUCUGGAAAGUUGGUGAACAAUACGAUAUCUUGGAGAGGAGAUUCAGGUCUAAAAGACGGAAGUGAAGCGAAUCUUGAUCUCUCCAAAGGCUUAUAUGACGCUGGUGAUCAUAUCAAGUUUGGUUUCCCUAUGGCUUUCACCGCCACCGUCUUGUCUUGGUCCAUUCUUGAGUAUGGUGACCAAAUGGAUGUUGUUAACCUAUUGGAUCCUGCUAAAGAAUCUCUCAGAUGGACUACUGAUUACUUCAUCAAAGCUCAUCCUUCUGAUAACGUCCUCUACAUCCAGGUGGGAGAUCCAGAGGUGGAUCAUCCAUGUUGGGAGAGACCAGAGACAAUGAAAGGGAAGAGACCACUUAUCAAGAUUGAUUCAGACACUCCAGGGACUGAAGUUGCUGCGGAGACUGCUGCAGCUAUGGCUUCUGCGUCUCUUGUGUUCAAAGAUAGCGACCCUCAGUAUUCAGCCACGCUUCUGAAACACGCCAAGCAGUUGUUUGAUUUUGCAGAUGCUAAAAGAGGCUCUUACAGUGUUAACAUACCGGAGGUUCAGAAGUUUUAUAAUUCCACAGGUUAUGGUGACGAGCUUCUAUGGGCAGCUAGCUGGUUGUAUCAUGCGACAGAGGAGAAAAAUUAUUUGGACUAUGUUACUAAGCAUGGAAAUGAGUUUGCUAGAUUUGGUAAUCCAACUUGGUUUAGUUGGGACGACAAGCUUUCAGGAACACAGGUACUGUUAUCAAGGUUACUCUUCUUUAAAAAAGACUUAUCAGGAAACAAGGCUCUUGGAAAAUACAGGGGUACAGCUAAAGCUGUAAUGUGUGGUCUUCUACCAAAAUCUCCAACAGCUACUACUAGUAGAUCAAACGGUGGUCUUGUAUUGGUCAGUGAUUGGAACCCGCUGCUACAAUCCGUUUCCGCAGGAUUCUUAGCCACACUCUUCAGUGAUUACAUGCUCACUUCACGUAUCCAUAAGAUAAAUUGCUACGGAAAGAUCUUUAAAGCAACAGAGCUCAGAGAUUUCGCCAAAUCACAGGCUGAUUACAUAUUGGGUAAGAAUCCGAUGGGAAUGAGCUUCGUGGUUGGUUAUGGAGACAAGUACCCAGAAUACAUCCAUCAUAGAGGCGCUUCAAUACCUGUAGAUGCAACCACAGGAUGCUUAGAUGGUUUCAAGUACUUUAACUCGACGAAACCAAACCCAAACAUAGCAUAUGGAGCACUAGUGGGAGGGCCUUACUUGAACGAAACGUUCAGCGACUCAAGAGAGAAUGUGAGGCAGAACGAGCCAGCGACGUAUAACAAUGCAUUACUCGUUGGUCUCUUGUCUAGUCUUGUCACUACCUCUUCUGCUCUUCAGUCAUUGAAGUGAGCCAUCAUAUUAUCCUUUGUUAAACUCACACAUCGUUUCAGUUUUUUUGUCUUCCUGAUGUGUGUAUUGUAAGUUUGUUGUAAACUAGAAAGAGUAAAUGAUAUCAAUUUUACUUUGAAAUCAUUAGUCCAAAUAACCACUGUUUAGUUUAUUCAAAGAUAAACAAUUGUUUUAAAAACAAAAGAUACAAAUACAAAUAAAAAUUGUUGCAAGCAAACUAAUGUAAACCCCCCACCUAUAGUUUCCCCCCAGCUGCUCUAAUCUCUUCUUUUUAAACCAAAGAAACCAAGAGCAGUGCCCAAUUCUAAUGAUACAACAAACCAAUAUAAAACGAAGCUCAAUUCUACACCUGAUGAUGAUGAUUCAUAUACUCUUAAGCCUUUAGGAGAGAGAGGAGGUCAAUGUUCUUAAUAACGAUCACGGUGUUGACUUUCUCUUCCACCUCCUCCUCUUCGGUCACCUUGCUGAUGACGGUGAUGCUGAUCACCAUACUCUCUUGGGUUAUAAUGCUCAGACCCACCUUGACCAUUCCAAUGCUGCAGCUGCUGCUGUUGAUGGUGUUGGUUGUAGUUACCAGAAUACCCACCUCCUCUGCUGUCACGGUGGCCUCCACGUGACUGGACAGGGUAAGGAUCUGACGGGAAUCUCCCACUGGUCCCAUGAGGUUGGUAUCCACCUCGACUUUGAUAAGGAGCUUGAUGUGGCUGAGCAUAGCCUUGCACGCCAUGUGGAGGAGCCAUAUGGCCGCCACCAUGUUGGUAAGGAACUUGGGGAACAUAAGGCGGUGGUGGUUGGUUGUAGUCGUAACCAGGAUGAUGAUGAUGAUGAUGAUGAUG